ACUUCAUUGCUUGGUCGGCUGGCUAUGCGUGGCUGAGCUGAGCACAAUCCACAAUCCACGCCGUCCUUGUCUUGUCAGCUGGUCGUCCGCGUGCAGCACGCAUUUUGGCACGUUGCUUUGGUUUGGUUUGGGUAGCUAUGUACGCGCUAGUUCGGUUUUUAGAUCACGACCAUGCCCAUGACACUCGCCGGUACGUUGUGCGAGUGGAUGAUAUCCGCGAUUUUCAUCCGGAGCAUGAAACAGACUUCGACGGCAAGGCAGUUUAUUUUGUACACUGGGAGGACAACGUGGAUAGCGACAACACCGGAGAUUAUCGAGCACAAAUACUUCGACUUGGCGCUACAGAGAAAGAAACACGGGAAGCGCCGAAGAGAAUCCCGAUCCCUAAGAUGAUCAUCGAUGAGGACUUUGAUGAUGAAGAAUCUGUGCCUAAAAAGGCCACGGGAGCAAGAAACAAAAAAACAGUUAUCAACCGGGCUGCAGCAAAGAAAGACCGGUAUGAACAGAUUCUAAAAAAACAGAUGAACCAGGCUCUCCAAAAGAACUCAGAACAAACACGGAAAAGGCGGCUGAGUUCAUCGUCAAGCUCGGAUGACUCACUCGUCUCCAUCUCAGAGUUAAAAGAAGAAAAGAAAAAAACUAAUUUUUGGAAAGAAAGAUGUAAAGAGUUGCGACAAGACAACAUGUUCUUGCAAGAACAAGUCAGAUCGCAGCAGGUGCUACUUAAUUCGAAAUUUUUGAGGUUCGAAGACCUGCAGCACAGCAGAGAGCCUGCUGAAACCACAGCUGUAUGUCAAGCCACAAAGGAGACAGCAAAGGCCAAGACCAAUCUUGUCCUCGGAACUGAUUUGCCUGUUCGAAAAGAACGAGAAAUGGCCAUGCAAGGCGCAACACCCUUGGCACAAACUGCUGGUAGUCAUGGCUCAGAGAUUCCCAUUGAUGACCCCGCAGAGGAACCUGCUUCAUUGAUAACUGUAUCCACAGCACGUGGAGGUCAUGAAGUUGACCUGUCUGUGACAGGGGAAGAUUUUUCCUACUUGAGUGACGGCUCUUUUCAUCUUCAGAGAGGGAUCUGCUUGACAUCAAUUCAAGCAAAGAGAAUUUUUAGCCAUAAGAAGCCGACCCUGGUUGUUAAAGAAACUGCCCAAGCCAUAUGGUCGCAGAAAGGGUUGGCGUCACGCAGUGUUAAAGGCGGCAUAGCUCCGCGAAAGAAGAGCCUCGGGGAGCCUGCAAAACCUGCUUUGACGCCUGAAAAGGUCAACAUCGUUGAAGCAACCCUCUCCCAUUGGGCUCGGGUGAAUGACCUAGAUUCAUCUGCCAUAGCUGCAAACCUGACAAACAUAUUGUCGGAGAAAAUCCAAGAUUGCAUCAAAGCCGAGCGAAAAAGAGCUUUGAAUGAGUAGUGAACAACAGCGCUGCUUCAAGGUAGAGCAGCGAAGGCGUGUGAUAUUUUAAUAAAUUAAUUUAUUCUAUCACAUGGAAUUCUUUGGAGUGGUUGAUAUGCUAGUAUGACCAUUAUCCGCAAGUUCAAGAUUAUUUGAGCUAGCUGGAGUGCAUGGCAUACAGGGACUGGUUUUGGGACUGGGACUAGCUGGCAACUGGGACCAGUUAGGAACUGGUCCCAGUUGCCAAUGGUCCCAGUUACCAACUGGUCCCAGUUACUAACUGGUCCCACUCACCAACUGGGAAUGUGUUCCCAACUGGUCCCAGUUACCAAGUGGGAAUGUGUUCCUUAAACCAAUUAAACUGGAACCAGUUGCAUGCCAGUUAAAUACCAGUUGCAAAUUUUCA